AAAACAUUUCAUACGCUUAACUGCUGGUGUUAACAUUAACGGAAAUACUAAACUCAAAGAAAACAUUUUAAAUGCUAAAGUAAAAUUUACGCUUUAUUUUAUGAAAUAUAUAAUAAAAUAUAAAUAUUUGUGAAAUUUUAAAUUUCAUAAACAAAUAACGAAACAAAAAUUAAAAAAAAACAAACUAUUAUUAACGGUAUUUAUGACUUUAUAAAAAAAAAAGCUUUUAAAAAGGUGUUAUAAAAAAUUUAAUAAAAAAAUAAACUUAAAUAAUAGCUAAAUCUGUGCCAAAUUAUUUUGUUAUAAAAACAUUUUUAAUCAAUUAAAAAAUUGUGUUAAAGACUUAAAAAUAAACUGCAACUAUUUAUUGUGGAGUGGAAAAAACACAUAUUUUUUCCUGCUGCCGGUAUUAAAAUAUAGAAAUAUUGGAGCAAAUAUUAUCAGCACUGUUUAAUUUAACAAAAUGGGAACUAUUGAAAAACGUACAUUUUCAUUCCGUUUGAGAAGAUCGCGUGCCGGUGAUGGUGGCAGCACUAACUCUCGUAAUAGCAACAACAAUAGCAGCACCUGUACGGACAACAACCGUUGCAAUUCACCCUUGACACCCACCAGUGCCAGCAUGAAACUGGAGGUGCCUACUUCAAGAGCUUCGGUGAGUCGUCGCAGCAGCAUUUAUCGCAAACCGGAUAAGGAUGAUAGUGGCUUGAUACAUAUCAUACGUGACAUUGAGUUGCCUUUGAUGUCCUUUAACGAUCAAUACAACAUCACUAAGAUCUUGGCUGAGGGUUGCUUUGCCAAGAUAAUGCUAGCCAUGCAUAGACCCACCCAAACUGAAGUAGUGCUUAAGGCCGUACAUGCUGAGUUAACCACUGUGCAGGAGUUUCAAAAGGAAUUUCAUUUCAAUUACGAGUUGUCUCAUCAUCGCCAUAUUUUGAGUGCUUAUAAUGUGGCUUUUCAGACCAAGGACUAUUAUGUAUUUGCCAUGGAACAUGCUGAAUAUGGUGAUUUGGCCUCUAACUUGGGCCCUAAUGGUUUGCAUGAAAAUGCCUGUAAAAUGAUUACUGAACAAUUGAGCUCGGCCUUGGGCUUUAUGCAUUCGAAAAAUUUGGUACAUCGUGACUUGAAAUUAGAAAAUGUUUUAGUUUUUAAACCCGACUUUAGUCGUGUUAAGUUGUGCGAUUUUGGAGCCACUACCAAAAAAGGUGUUUUAGUGCAUAAAGUAAAACAUACCUGGACUAGUUUUGUUCCACCCGAAGUUUUGGAAAUUGUCAAGAAUGAAAGAUUUACCUGUUUGCCCGCCAGUGAUUCCUGGCAAUUUGGCAUUUUAAUGUUUCAUAUUUUAACUGGCAGUGCUCCCUGGAAUGCUGCCGAUUGGGUUAAAGAUGUCAAGUAUUGUAAUUUUAUGAAAUAUGAACAGCGUAAAACUACCAAAAUACCCGAUAGUUUUAGAAGAUUCUCGGCCCGUUUAAUGAGAUGCUUCCGUAAAUAUUUAUCUCAUGAUCCUGAAGAUAGAUGCAAAGUCACUGAGAUUUCCAAAUACAUGAAAGAUAGAUGGGUGGAGUGUCGCAUAUCAACCUCCAAAUCAGCCACACUUAUAUCUCCCAGUCCGGAUCAAGAUUCCUGCAUUUAUUUGAAUCAAAGAGAGGGACGCAAUUCAGCCGAUGAGAAUAAAUCCCGCCUUAAACGCAUGAUGUCUAAUUAUGGCAUCGAAAGUCCUUUGGAUCAAAAUGCUGUGCGCAAGCGUGUUUUAGAAUGGCUGGAGACUUGCGAUAAUAAUUUUGAUACCGAAAUAGAAAGUUUAGUAGUGGUGGAUGUAGCGAAUUAAGUUAAUAUAGAAAAAAGCUCAUUUUAUUCAGAAAUGAGUGGGUUAAACAAAUGUCAAUUCCGACAAUAAUGUAUACAAGUUUUUAAAGUCUUUCUUUUUAAGCCAAAAGUAUAUUUUGAACUUUGAAAUACUCGCCCUCGUGCAAACGAAAAUUUACUUUUUUUUGUAGAAAAGGCUUUUAAGAAAACACAAACUUUUUCCUAUAAAACAGAGCUUUUUGUGUAAAGCGUUAAGGCAUAAACUGUAAACGGUAAUCCGAAUACAAACUAUAUUUACAUAGAUAUAUAGUAGAGACGAAAUAAAAUAUCAGUAUAAAUUUUAUACGACUUUUAGGUGUUGAAAAAGACAGUGUUGCUCAUAAAUGUUAAAGCUUUCUUUAAGACUGACAAACAGGAUUUUGUGAGUUGUGGUAAGGGGGUUUUUGGGAUGGGUGACACUGUUAAAUAAUUUUGUAGUUUUUUACUUAAUUUUAAUUUAAUUAUAAAUAAACAGAGCUGGUAUCUAUUAUGUUAUAUACAUAUUUAUAAAUAAUAAUUAGCUCUUUAGUUAAAAAAAACUGAAAAAUUACUUCCAUUAAUUAAUUAAUUAAAACUAAGUUAAGUUUUAAUAUUUAGUAAAAUAGAAUAUUUAUACUUUUAUUGAAAGAAAAUUACAACCAAAAAACAAAUAUUUUCUAAAACGAUUUUAUUAUUAAAAGUUUAAUAGUAUUAAUUAAAAAUAUAUGUUAUUGUAUUGUAUAUAUGUAUGUUUAACGGUAGUUGUAUGUAUGAAUUAUUAUUUACCCAAAUAUUGUUAAUACUAAUUUAUUUAAUCUAAAUAUUUGUAUUUGCUAAAUACAAAAAAAAUACCUAUUGCAAAAAUAAACAUCAAGAAAUUAUAUACAAUAAUAAAUAUU